UUCUCUUGGCCAUAUCUUGCUGGAGAUAUGAUCGCCGUAUCUAAUGGAUUUUACCUGGAGAAACCAGUUCUCGGUGGCAGUAGCAUGGGCUCAGCUUCAGCGCUCUAUGCAGCUUUACAAAAUAAAGGUCUGGUCUCUGGUCUUAUACUUGUUCGUCCACCAACUGCUUGGAAAGAGAGAUUAGACAGGAAGCCACAGCUCAUUCAGGCAGCUAGAGAGUUGUACGAGUCUAACCCUGAUGGUUUGUAUCACAAUGUGCUUCUUGGAUCUGCAUUUUCAGAUCUUCCUCAUCUAUCUACUCUCAACCAGGUUCUUGAUAUUCCUGUCCUAAUUCUAACAGCUGAAGGAGAUCCAACCCAUCCUGUCUCCACUGCUAGGGCUCUGGUAAACAUCAGCAGCGAUGUUCAGCUAUUUAUAUCGGAAUCCUAUGAAGCUGGAGUUGUAGAAUGGCCGCAACUUAUUGCAGAGUUUUUACAAAGAUUUUAAAACAA